UUCACACCUACGGGCAAUUUAGAGUCGUCAAUUAACCGACCAUGCGUGCUUUUGGGAUGUGGGAGGAAACCGGAGUGCCCGGAGAAAACCCACGGAGGCACAGGGAGACACACAGGCGGGGCCGGGGAUUGAACCCCGGUCCUCAGAACUGUGAGGCAGAUGGUCUAACCAGUCGGCCACCGUGCCGCUCAAAGUAAGUAUUCUCUGUAAAAUGUCUUUCCUGGCACAUCCACACAGAGGCGACAUGCUGAUGCUUUGCUUUCCCAAUAGGAGAACGAGGAAUACAUCAGGGCCCGAGGAGGAGAGGCCCUACAUUAAGAAGCCCCCAAACGCCUUCAUGGUCUUUAUGAAGGAGCGGAGGCCCAAUUUAAAAACAUUUGACAGUGUCGCUGUAAAUAAAAUCCUUGGGAAGAUGUGGAAGUCGCUGACGCCGGCUGAGCAGCUCCCAUUCUUCCAAGAAUCGGAGCGGCUCAGCCUGAUGCAUGCCAGCGUGCACCCGGACUGGACCUGCAGAGACACCGAUUCUCUGGACCUGGGCUCCCUUUGCCACCUUUCUUCAGCCAGCAUGAAUGGCCCGACUGGGACUUCAAGACCAUUUUGGAACUGGGAGAGUCAGAUUUGGCGUCCUCCCGCUCGUCAACAUGGAGCCUGCAUGAUGGGCCCAAGGCGGACCUGA